UCAAAAGAAGUAUCGGCUGGUGGCCGACCCUGAUUGGCGUCAUCGAGAGUUCUUCUUGUUGCCGGGAGCGCUGUGGAAGUGGAUCACCUGGUACGACAAGGUACCGCCGGCGUCUUCGUAUGUGUGGAAAUGGUUUCCGGAAGGACUAGAAUGGCUGGGACGCGUGCAAACACUGGGUACGCAAGGUCUGCUGCAGUUUUUGACUGAAGACACCUUUCUACACCCGUCAGAUGAAGCGUCGAGUGUGAAUCCGUUUCAGAUCGUCGAGAAAGAUAAUAAAGAAGGUUCAUCGCGAACAUUCUUCUUCCACAUACAGAUUCCGAAGCAGCUUGCUGACGACAAGAGCUUUCGUGGAGUUGUGCUUCGACGGUUUGAAUCGAUUGGCGAGCAAUCCCCGGGAGCAACGGUUUUCUUUAACACAGUAGGGGAAUCGGGUAUACUGGACGUGGAAGAGUUGAAAAACUUUUGUAGAGAGAAGUUUCAUCUAGAUUGUGUGCACAUGGAGCACUUGGAUGCCGGGAUGGAUCUUGUCACUUUGAAUCGAGUACAUGAGUUCUGUAUGAGCCACAAUACAUCGCGCGUUGGGUUUGUUAGAACGACAGGAUGGCCAGAGUUGUCGGCUGCUUUUGCAAGUCAAGAACGUCUAGAGCAAACCAGAGUUGUGGCAAAUGAUAAGUGCUGGACAAACACAGAUUGCGAUGUUUGCUCACCAAAGACCGACUCCAAAUCCGGUAACAUUUCAACGAAGAUUCAACGUGUUGUUAUUUCGUCACCGUCGGCUACCCACGGUGAAGUAAACAAAGAAACACGUGGUGAUAAAUCUUCCCGCAAAGGAUUGAAAAAGCGCGCCAAGCAGGCUCAGAAGGGACGCAGUCCUUUAAUGUGGACAGCGAGUUGUGCGUACAUCAAUGAUAUAAUUCACCCUAACGAGUUCGCCUCUCGUUUGUCGGAAGAUCGUUGGAAAGACAGCCAACACUUCAAUCACGCACUGCCAAGUUCACAAAAAAGGUAACAGCAGGGCAAGCAUUCGAUAAAUAAGAAGUGAAACAAAGGCUUCAAGGAGAAGGGAAAAAGGAUGAAGGAAUCCAUGUCAGAAGCGGAGCUCAGCUGCUAGGAUUGGGGAGUCUCUCUCAACAGAAGGAAAUGUGUUUGUACAGAAUACUAACUUUGGAUAAAUUAUAGUGCCCUAUACUGAAUCCUUUAACGGCCACGAGAUCUGGAAACACACUGUUACCUACGACCUGUAGAUCUGAUCUUUCCAUUCCAAUCAGACACUAUACCAGCAUGGCAACUUUCUUUGUCAAACACAGUUUCAGAUAUCAUGGUUCAAUAACUGCAAGUAACAACCCCCCCCCCCCUUUACACCAUGUUGAGAAAAGAAGAUCCCUGUAGACAUCUGCUUCCUCCGAUCAUGUUUCUGGAAGCAUGAAUAUCAGCAUCUUCCCAUCCUCCUUGGAGACAGGGUUUUUCCAGCUCAAAUGAACACAAAGUAUAAGUAUACAGCUGGGCCAUUGUAUCUACAGUCAAUCGCUUUUCAUAAAAAAGGGAUAACUGCAAGUGUUGGCGAUUGAUGCAGGCCUUCUUCCAAGUCCUCCGACCGAACAUCGCUUCCAAUCUCGAGCGAUUCUGCAUGGGUCGUUCUAGUGUGUGCGUGUGUCGUAUGCUGCGAGAGCGUUUGGUGGGAGCACUCUUUCAUAGCAGAACCAAAGUUUGUGCAUCGCCAAAAACGCAAUUCUUCUCUAGAUACAUGAGACAUGACUAUCUCUCGACACAUGUCGACCAUUUCAGAUGAAUAUC